ACAGAAUGACCUCUCUCUUUGUGGUUGCGUUAGCUAGCUAUCUAGCUAUAGUUAUCUAGUUAGUUACCGUGCAGCUGCGUUUUCGGCUUGUGAUUUGUGAGUUUGCUAGCUUGCAGGCUAACACGCUUGCUGGCUAGCUACAGCACGGAGCUAAAACGUAUAGCUGACUAGCUGGCUUGCAAACUCGCAGGCGUUAGCUUGCAGUUUUCUAUGACAUGGACCAGAGUAAGCAGCAAGAAGAGGACUAUGGUUACAACCUGUUCCCGGAGAGGCAUGGGGGGAAAUUCAAAAAAGGAUCAAUCGCCGAGAGCUUAUUUACAUUCAACCACAAAUGUCAGGUUAUGCUGCAGUUUGCACUGGAGACAAGUCCCUAUGCAAAACUACUCCUUGGUGCCAUGAAAAAUUCAGGAUGCACCGUUUAUAAAGAUCGACACUUUUCAUGUGAAGACUGCGAUGGAAUUGUCAGUGGUGGUUUCGAUGCAACAACCUCACAAAUUGUUUUGUGCCAGAAUAACAUUCACCAGCAGUCUCAUAUGAACAGAGUGGUCACCCAUGAGCUCAUCCAUGCCUUUGACCACUGCAGAGCACACGUUGAUUGGUUCAACAAUUUCAAGCACCUGGCCUGCUCUGAGAUUCGAGCGGCCAACCUCAGUGGAGACUGCUCUUUCACCAACGAGGUCUCCAGGUUUAACUUUGGCCUCAAGCAGCAUCACCAGGCUUGUGUGCGAGACCGCGCCCUGCGGUCCAUAUUGGCGGUCAGGAAGGUGAGCCGUGAGGAGGCGGAGAAGGUGGUGGAUGAGGUCUUUGACAGCUGCUUCAACGACUACGCCCCCUUCGGCAGAAUACCACACGGAAAAAAGGACGCCAAGUUUGCGUACAGAGAUUUCCAGAAUCGAGACCGAUAUCAUGCCAAUCUAUGAGGACCCGGUCAGUUAAUUUAUUUAGGCAUUUCAAAGGUGCUCACAUAACGAAAGGCUGCAGACCUUCAUUUCUCGGCCAGCGCAAGCAGCCAACUAUUUGCAUCCAGUACAUAACAACAAUAUUGGGGGAGGGAAAAUAUGCUGUACCAUGUGGUUCAGUCACCUGCUAAAGGGAAGUGAUGAGAGAGUCUAUUUUAUAACCUGCAUAAUAUAAAAAAGUAGGAAGGGGAAUGAAAGGGGAAGAAAUGCAUUUUAAUCACACAUUUUUUGGAAAUCAGUUCUGAAGACAGGACAUGUUUGCCACCUGAUUUGUUUCUGAUUUAGUGGUUGUCACAAAUUCUAUUUGUUUGCCUCACUGUGUGGACAAUUAGAAAGUCUUUUUGUGAAGAAUCAUUGUCCACUUUAGAAUGACGUAAACAGAUCGUAAUAAAAUUGGUGGUUACAUUUCUGCAGGGAAACUGAACCCAUGUAACACUUGACUUUGUGAGGACAAAUGUCCUAACAUUCAUGACU